CUCUCCACCGUCCAGCUUCACAAUUCGCCCACCGCUUUGCGUCCGGCCCGGACACGAGACAUGUCUCCCGUCGCCCCGUGCCCCGCCGCCUUCCAGAACGAGGUGCUGGGCGAGCGCUUCCGCUGGCGCCCGUGCGAGACCGCCUUUGACCUGUUCGGCCGCCUCUCGCGGCCGCCGCUCCGCCUGAUUGACGCGGCGGCCGAGCUGCCGCACCAGGUGGUGCUCCACGCUGGCGAGGCGCUCGAGAUCAGCGGCGAGCCGGGGAGCGGGAAGACGGCGACGCUCUUCGAGAUCCUCGCGCGCUGCGUCCUGCCCGUCGCCUGUGGCGGCCUCGGCGCGCACGCCGUCCUGAUUGACACGGACGGCGUGGACCUCGCCCGGCUCGCGCUCGACCUGCGCCGCCGCCACCGGGCGGCGCGCGGCCUCGCCCGCGGCUCCGCGGGCAGCCCCGGCUCGGGCUGCAGCUCCGAGCCGGAGGACGCCUCCGAGGCCGCGUUUGUCGACGGCUGCCUCCGCCGGCUGCACGUGCUGCGGGCGGCAGACAGGCACGAGCUGACGCUGGCCCUGCACGCGGUGCUGGGCUACAUCCACCACGGCGGCGGCGCCGAGCCCGCCGCCUCCGCCUCGCCGCCCGGCGGGCUGCCUCCGGCCGCCGCCCUCCGCCUCCUCGCCGUCGACUCUGCAUCUCGCUUCCAGUGGCUCGGCCGCGCACAGCAGCGGCUGCCCUCGCUCGCCGACCCCGACGCGGCGCUGCCGCUCGUGCUGGCCGACCUGCUGCAGCGCCGCUCUCUCUCCCUCGUCUGGACCCGCACCCCCGCCAGCAAGCCGCUGCCCGACGCCUUCCCGGCGCCGCAGCAGCGCGACCCGCUCACAGGGCUGUGCACCUACGCGCUCUGCCUCCGCCGCCGACCCCGCUGGCCCGAGGCGGGCGAGGACGCGGCCGACAGCGUCGAGGCCAUGCUGCUGCACACCGCCCGCGCGGGCGCCGGCGGCGCGGGCAAGCCCGCCGCGCCCCUCCCGCCGCCGCUGCGGCUCGAGCUGCUCCUGGGCGGCGGUGGCCACGGGACGGUCGCGAUUCGCCCGAGCUCGGCGGCGCGGUGAGGCCAUGUGGGAGGAGGAGUGCUGGAAUUGCUGGCAGGGCUCUGCGAACUGCGACCGCGAUCCUCCGCCGGCAGGCUGCCCAUUCGCCGCCAGGCAAAUCGCCGUCCACCGCACUCGGACUCGCCGGAGGCCGUUUUUGGUUUAAAAAGUCACUUUUUUCUCGCGCGCCGCGACU